AUUUUAAAGUGUAUUACUUUGUACUGUACAAAAAAAAAGUAUUAUUUGUGCAAGCUGUAAAAUUUUGACAUAUGGCGGCUUUGUAGAAAUGCAACUAACUUCACAGUAAAUGACUAGUGAAAAGUAUUGUCGUUUAUGAAUUGCAUUUUGUAUAAAAUAUUAAAUAGAAAAUAUUUAGGGUACGCAAAUUAAAUCCAAAGCCUUAAAAAUAUGGGUCAAAACCAAUCGGCGCAGGGCGGCUCUGGGGAUAAAAAAGAUGAUAAAGAUAAGAAAAAGAAAUAUGAACCACCAAUUCCAACACGCGUGGGUAAGAAAAAAAGGCGUGCAAAGGGACCAGAUGCUGCUAUGAAACUGCCUCAAGUAACACCCCAUACGCGUUGUCGUUUAAAAUUACUCAAACUAGAACGAAUCAAGGAUUACUUAACACUGGAAGAUGAAUUCAUUCGGAAUCAGGAACGUCUGAAACCCCAAGAUGAGAAAAACGAAGAAGAACGUUCUAAGGUCGAUGAUUUACGGGGUACACCGAUGUCGGUUGGCAAUUUAGAGGAAAUUAUAGAUGACAAUCAUGCAAUUGUGUCAACAUCUGUAGGGUCGGAGCAUUAUGUGAGCAUACUUUCAUUUGUUGAUAAAGAUCAACUAGAACCAGGUUGUUCAGUACUAUUAAAUCAUAAAGUGCAUGCUGUUGUUGGUGUAUUGAGUGACGAUACUGAUCCCAUGGUAACUGUAAUGAAGCUGGAAAAGGCACCACAAGAAACUUACGCAGAUAUUGGUGGUUUAGAUACACAAAUUCAGGAAAUAAAAGAAUCAGUUGAACUGCCAUUAACACAUCCAGAAUACUAUGAAGAAAUGGGUAUUAAACCACCAAAGGGUGUUAUUCUAUAUGGUCCACCUGGCACAGGAAAAACAUUAUUAGCUAAAGCAGUCGCCAACCAAACUUCUGCCACAUUUUUACGUGUUGUUGGUUCGGAAUUGAUACAAAAGUAUUUAGGCGAUGGUCCAAAAUUGGUACGCGAGCUAUUUCGUGUAGCAGAGGAGCAUGCGCCUUCCAUUGUUUUCAUUGAUGAAAUCGAUGCG